AUGGGUAAUGAUGAAUGUCCAUUGACAUUAGAUGAUGCUGGCGGCGUUUUAGGACAUGCAUACUUUCCUGACUCUAGCGGCACCUGUAGAGAAAUCCAUUUAGAUAUAAAUGAACGCUGUGGUGAUCUGGCGGCAACGCGUGGUAACAAUGGCAACCAAACUUUGGCUGCCUCGACGGCAGCUGCUCAUGCGCAAAACGCUGGUGCCUGGGUGCCUCUGAGCGUGUUCAAUGCCAUGAACAAACAAAAUCAGCAAUUCACGUAUCUGAUCAGUUACCAAGAUCUUUGGGAUCAAGCCGACUCGCUUGUCGUCAAAGGCAAGCAUACUGGUAAGUAUUUUAUGAAGUUUGUAUGA